AUGGGUGACUUUGGCGGCCCGCUGCUCUCUACCGUGGAGACACUCCCCGUGAGGAGCAAGUCAAGCGCACUGCACGUUGAGGACUGCCAGUCCCCGAAAGACGUCACCGCCGACAUACACCUCGACCGUGCUCCCACAUCGCAUAUCAACAUCAACAUGUCGCAAGACCAAAAACUCUCGCUCGAGCCUGUCGACACGCCUCUACAACACUCAUACACCAACACACCUGCAGAGCCGGCCACUCCGACUUCAGACCAGCCGUCUAAAGCGCUGCCGGAGGAACGCAAGUCCAAAGGCUUCGCGGUAAAGACGUCGCAAAACUCCCGCCCACCGACCACCGCUUCAGCUGCCAGCAGCUUCAAACCAUCCACUCCAAUCAGAACAUACCGCGAACACCCCCGCCUCUGGAUAGAGGACGGACCAGGAGCAGGCAAAGCGAUCGCAGAAUGGCGCCAGAAGUUCGUACCCAUCUUCGAGGAGCAGACCAAGGACAUGACCAUGGAGGAGCGAACGAAAGCCUUCGACAAAAUGGUCAAGGAAGAUGAAGACCGCUACUGCCAAGCUCUCGCCACCUACUACUCUGUCCACCCGGAACACCUCCCAGAGCGCGAGGUAGACCCCAAGACCCAGAAGAAGAUCGACGUUGGAUUUACCGAGAGCCCCAAGUACGACAUGAUGCAGCAGAAAUGCUUCGGCGACUGGGACAACUGGGGCCCACGGACGACCGACUUGACACCAGAGGUCGGACCCAAGAACGAGCCCACGCCCGACGACCCCAUCCCCGAAUGCGAGCACUGCGCGAAAGAAGCCAAGAAAGCCCGCUCGCUCGUCUGCAAAGUCUUCAGCAAAUUCUCCUCGUCAUCGAAAGAGAAAGACCACCCACACAACAAACCCACCCGCAGAGCCACAGUCGACAGCACCCACGACGCGCGCCCCAACGUCGUCAUCUCCAUCCCAGACCAAAGCCCGGAAGACCAAGUCGUCGACGACCACGAGCUCGCCAGCAGCGAUCACAGCGGUUCGUCGUCGUCCGACGGCAAGCAGCGGGAGGCGUUGACGGAGACGGGCGUGGAGUUGACGAAGGCGGAGCCGAAGAAGAAGCGCUUGAGUCUUGUGCAGAGGAUGCGGUUAUCGACAGUGCAUACGAGAUGA